AUGUCACAGCAAUCCCUAAGCUAGUUUUCAUAACAUAGUCAAUAACAACAAUAAAAUUAGUAGCCUGCUUAGAAAGUCGGCAGCUCAAUAGAGGACAUAACUUAGGAUUUGGAGGAAUUGUUUGAAUCUCUUAAGAUCGAAAAACAAGGAUAGCAAGUUGAUUAGAUAGAGAAAUCAACCUUAUUAGCAUUACUUCUAUAUUUAAAUAUCGAUAAAUCCGAAGCAUAAUUUUUCAAUUAUGUGGUUAGAACAUUAGAUCAGAUGCAAUAACCUACAUUAACCAAAGACUAAUUCAAAACCUUAUUUUUGGAUCCCCAAAUAAAUACAGAGAAUUUGAAAAGUGAAGAGUUUGCACAAAUAUUUAGUGUUUUCGAUUCGCAGAAAAAAGGAUCCUUUAGUGCUGAAGAUUUCUUAAGGUUGUAUAAGGAAACCUCGGAAUAUUUAAAUCUGAAUGAGAAUCAGAAAAUAUAGGUUGAGGCAAGAAUAAAAAAGGACUUUGAAAUUAUCAGUCCUGAACACAAGGAAAUCACUCCAAUUGAAUUUUUUAAGAUAAUUAACAAUUAAGGCUGAUUGCAAUUUUUGAAUUUACAAUUAAUUACAAUA